UCUAUCUUCAAACCUCACCUCAACAAAUUGAUCAUUUCGUUUAAACUCCUAGCUCGCUAGCUAUAUAGCUUGGAGAUCGAUCACAAAAUAAACCUUAGCUUAGAUUCAUCAAAUAGCUAGUACGUAGUAAUACACUACUAGUAGUAUAAUAAUGGUGAUGAUGGUAGCUUUACAUUAUUCCUUGAAAACUAAGAGCCGGCGCGGCACAAGCUGCAGCUCAGGUGGGCAAGAAGAUGAUACAGAAGACAAGUGCAUUUACCUUGAGCGCCCCACUGACAAGAAGGGCUCAAAAUACCUGUUUUACAACAACCAGGAUGAAGAAGCACCCGAAGACGAAAGUGAUGACGAUGACACAAGGGAGGAGGAGGGAGAUGAUGAGGAAGAGGAGACAAGGGAGGAGGAGGAGGAGGAGGAGGAGGAGGGAGAUCAGGAAGAGGACUAUUCCCACCUACUUUGCGAUGAAGAGGUUCCUACUGAACGUGAACUCGAAGAAAUGGCUGAGGACGAGGAGGAGGAGGAAGAGGAAGAGGAAGACGAAGAAGAUGAGGAAGAGGAAGAAGAGGAUAACAGUUAUGUUCGCCCAUGGUACUGAGGUGUUUUUGUUUGCUUAUUAAUUUCAUCUACUCUUUAAUUGUACGUUUUUGGGGGUGAAAUCUAUCUUACUUGCAUCCCACAUGCAUGUUUAAUUUAUUUGAGGAUUAAGAAAUCAUAGAUUGGCCUGGCCGACAUUUCUUUUUUCUAAUUACACUGUAACGUAUCUAUUCUCUUGCUAAUAUACUUCGUAUACUUUAGUAAUUAAGUUAUCACAUCAAAAUU